AUGCCCUUCUUCCAGCAAGAAGACAAUGGCUACCCGUGUCUUGCUCGCGAGCUGGCGGGCGGCUGCCGCUCUAGCAGUUGCCAUCGCCGUGUUCACGUCACGGACAGUUCGAGGGGGGACCUCGAGGAAGAAUCAACCUCGAAAAGCACCUGCAACGAAGCAAACACUGCUGUAGCUGUUCGAGUCGACCCGGAAACGAAACAGGCUCGGUUCGUCUGCGCUCCCCCGACGCUUCACCUAUGGCCGCCAGUGGACAGCGACGGCGCGGGUUCCACAUACUUCAAAGAUGACAACCUGAACGAGAGAGGGGACUUGGCAGCAUCGUUCGGUGAGGGCUCCAGGCUCCUCAAGCACAGUACCAGAAACGGAAGUCCCUCCGAGCCAACCGUCCCGAUAACUGCCACACUGACGAUUGGAACACUUCCAGAGACUCUGCAGGUCAUCUACUUCGCUUGUGGCGCAGAUGCAGGUAGCCUAGGGGAGUCAUCCGAAGAAGGUUUGAGUUCAGGAAGCCCCAGCGGUAGUGGGGGGAGUGCUGGAGGACCAGGAAGCGCAGGAGCAGCUCUGGCGGGCGGCGGACAGGGAUCGAGCCACUCAGGUGGUGACGGACACCCUGGGGGGAAUAACGCCGACGAAGGAGGUAAAGACAGUCUCGAAAAAAACACGAAAAAGGAUGGCGGAAGCAGUUUGAAUGUGUCUGAUCCAGAGAAGUCAGCUUGCACUACGGAGAAGAGGACAAUGGAGCUCGAUGUCAACGACCAAACUAAGAGCGUCGACUUCAAGUGCGACACAAAUAUCUCUUCGCUCUCUCCUCCAAACAGCGCGACGACUGUGUACGAUGGAUCAUGCGAGAAGGAGCUGUCACUAGAAAAAGUGCUUCCGACUGCCAAGGUGGAAUCCACGGAUUCCGGCUACACAUUCAGGGUGGACCAGCUGCCACCGACCUCGACCACAGUCUGCUACAAGUGCUCUGCGAGUGCAGCACAGACAGAGAAGGCCUCAGGCUGUGCUGUGCAUAUCAAAGUGGCAGGAGCUGCUUCCUCGUCGGCGGUGGCCAGUAGCUCCGUCUUGUAUCCCGUGCUUGUGUCGUGCUUUUGUUUAUUCGGUCUCGCUUUCUUGUAG